UACUGAUACACGAAGUGUGAAUGCUAUUUCAAUCCAUUGCAUGUAAGGCCAAACAUUUGCCAGACAAGUGCACAUGCCCCAGCGUAAAAAACGUAAUUACAAUCUCCACCAGAUGGAAUAUUAUAUAUUAAUUAAAAAAUUACACGAUUCAUGGACCUCGACACAUUUAUAAAAGGCACCCAUUAGCUAGAUCAGUCCAUCUAUCCUCAUAACAUUGGUCAAGAAGAAGUAGAGAACACAACAUGAAUGGCUACUCCAAAAUGGAUUCAACCGACCAGAACCCCGACCCGGUCGAUCUCUUGCAGACCCAGAAACCCGAUCAAGAAACUGCUGAGAUGAAACCGAGGCUGAGCAGGAACAGGUCAGUGGCUGCAUCAGGGCAAGUGCUUCGCUCACCAAUGAAGACUGCUAUGUCUAUGAGAAGAUCUUCGUCUGUCUCUGAACGUUACUGUAGAAUCUAUGACCAGAGCUCUGCCACGUUUCCUCUUCCUUUCAAUGAAGAAGAUGAAGAUGAAGAUGAAGAAGAAGAUGAUGAUAAAGAGAGGAUGCAUAAGAAGAAGAAGAGCAACAGCAUCAAGAAAAAAGCAUUCGUAAAGGCUUGUAAGCGAUUCUUUGGGAUCUCUUAAAACUCUUUUUUUGUUUUUGUUUUCCUCUACCAUAUAAUAUAGAUAUGUUUGUUAAAUUCCGAUUGAAGUCUUACCACUUUUUAUGAAACGUUUAAUACAAGAAAAUGUAUCUUACAAUAUCAUCGACUGUUUCAAAUAUUCUAUCAUUGAUUUUGACGUA